UUCGCUUCUCUACCCAAGUUGCCUCAUAAUUAAAUAUAUACUCUUGAUUGAUUUUCUCUGCGCUCACAGUUCAUGGCACCUGCCUGCGCCCUUCCGAGCUCCAAGACCGUCUGCGUCAUGGACGCCUCCGGUCGCCUCGGCAACGCCCUCGUCGAGAGCCUUCUCCAGCGAGGAUACACCGUCCACGCCGCACUCUGCAACCACGAUGAUGUAGAAGCGUCAAAGGAGGGUGUGCUUGGCGAGGAGAACAAGAUGCUUAAAGUGUUCCGAGCGGACCCAUUCGACUAUCACAGUAUUGUUGAUGCUUUGAGAGGAUGCUCUGGUUUGUUCUACAGCUUUGAAACUCCAAAGGACCAGCCCAUUUAUGAUGACUGUAUGGUUGAAAUGGAGGUGAGAACUGCACACAAUGUAUUGGAAGCCUGUGCUCAAACGGAAACCAUGGAGAGGGUGGUGUUCACUUCGUCGGUAACCGCCGUCGUCUGGAAGGAGGGCCGGAAAUCGAUGGACGAUCUCGAUGAGAGAGACUGGAGUGAGCCCAAUUUCUGCCGUAAAUUGAAGCUAUGGCAUGCUCUGGCGAAGACUCUAGCCGAGAAAACAGCAUGGGCGCUGGCUAUGGAUCGAGGAGUCGACAUGGUGUCGAUAAACUCCGGCCUGUUGACCGGCCGUGAGAUCCCGGUCACGACGCCGUACCUAAAAGGCGCGCCGGAGAUGUACGAGGACGGCGUACUCGUAACUGUCGACAUCAAAUUCCUCGUCGACGCUCACAUUUACGUUUUUGAGAGCCCGUCGGCGUACGGUCGAUACCUCUGUUUCAAUCAUGCUGUUUGUCGACCUGAAGACGUUGUUAAGUUCUCUCAGAUGCUCUCUGCUUAUGCUGCUUGCCCUCCACCAAGUGAGGGAUUGAGAGUGAGGCAGCAGAAGAUCAAGGGCAAGAAGCUGAACAAGGCGAUGCUAGAGUACGCAGAAGGGGUAUGAAAGAUGAAGGAAAGAACAGAUGAACAAAAUUGAUGAAUAAAUAGGUGUAUAAAAUUGAAAUGCAACUUGAUAGAAUACAGUCCCAAAAUUAGAUUUAUUUUAUUGGGAAGCAACAAAGGGAUUGAUGAUAGUAUUGAAUGUAAGCAGUUUUAUAUUGGUCAACGUGUCCUUAGUUAGUUGCAUUUAAGAGCUUAAGUUUACCUCGGACUGUACUUUAUAAAAUAUUGUGUCAAGUAAAGCUCAAUUAUUGAAAUUAUAAAGAUUAAUUAAAUUUAGAUC